CUGCCAUUUCAUGGCGUCCACUUCCCGCCAACUUUGCAUUCGAAUUCAAGUCAAACGUGCCAUUUCAAGGUCGUUCUCGAGUAAUGGUCCUCAUAUACGACCUAAACCAGGAGAUUAGAGUGGUUGUCGGGAUGUCGGGAGGUGUAGACUCGUCGGUAACAGCAAAAUUAUUAGCUGACCAGGACUACGAUCUUUCAGCUGUGUUCAUGAGAAACUGGGAUACUCGCGAUGAAUACGGUACAGACCAAGGUUGUCAGUGGGAACGGGAUUGGCAAGACGUGGAACGUGUAUGUAGAUCUUUAGGCAUCCCUUGCAAAAUGAUCGAUCUCUCAAAAGAGUAUUGGAACAGAAUAUUCGAACCUUCAUUGCAACUUUGGGAAUCUGGUCAGACUCCGAAUCCAGACGUCUGGUGUAACAGAGAAAUUAAAUUUGGUGCACUCCUGGACCGACUUCCUAUCAACGCAACCUCCAAAUCCAAUGCCUGGUUUGCAACGGGUCACUAUGCUCGGAAGUCUUGGUCAAUACCACUACGCGACGACCCUCGUGACCCUCGUCCUAUGCUUCUCAGUGCAAAGGAUCCCAUUAAGGAUCAAGCAUUCUAUUUAUCCUCAAUAACGGAGUUUGGCCUUUCGCGUGCUCUCUUUCCGAUAGGUGGCCAUCUGAAGUCAGAGGUGCGAGAACUAGCAAGGAAAUACAACCUGCAGACCGCAGAGAGGGAAGAGAGCAUGGGAUUAUGCUUUGUCGGCGAAAGGAGCGGCAGAUUUAGUAACUUCCUGUCUUCUUAUAUCGCUCCGAAACCUGGCUCGAUUAUCGACCUUACGAACAAUAAACAAGUCGCAGAACACCAAGGCCUUUGGACCUAUACGAUAGGGGAAAAUGCCCGGAUAAAAGGAUUGCCUGAACGAAUGUUUGUAGCACAUAGGGAUCCAGCUCUUAAUGCAGUUUUAGUUGUCCCGGGAAGCAAUCAUGAACUUCUCUACAGUGACACAGUAGUACUACGGAAUUGGUCCUGGAUAUGGAGGGACACCCCCCCUCCCGGCCUAUUGACAGAAGAAGGAUUCAAAGGUUCAGCCAAGAUUAGGCAUCGGAUGCCAACUGUACCGUGUACCGUCAAGCUGAGCUCUACAACCAACGCUCGAAAUUUCCUUCCGAAAUCCCUCUCUGACACGGAACAAUCUCUCAUACUUACUUUUCCCGAGGCCAACCUCCAGAAAGGCAUCUCCCCAGGUCAGACUGCUGCGAUAUGGGACGGGGAAUGGUGUCUUGGGUGUGGAACCAUCAGUACGGGCUUUUCAAGCUCGUUGAUUGAGGCACUGGAAAGGUUUUACCAAGACCAUACCACCGAUGGUAUGAUUAAUUCCUCUGUCACCCGGAUGGAGGUGAAGCCGAAGACGCGCACUCUGGGGAAUUCUAGUGUGAAAAAUGCGAAGGUCAAAAGCAGGUUAGAGAGAACGGUUGGUGUACCGCAGGUAUUUUGAGCGGGAAGGUGAAUGUCUGAAAGGUACCUACUGUACCAGCUUUGCUGGAUGGACUUUGAUCCAACCGAGCUUUCCACUUCUGGAGGCCCUAGUGUGUUUUUACAUCAUGGUGCAAGGUUUAUGAGAACACACCUAGGAUUUUGUGUUAUUUAGCCCUUUUCUGGUGGAUUGCUGGGGUUCCUGGAAGGAUAGAGUGUACUAGCUAGGGUUCCGGGCUUACACACGAACGCUCGCUGCGCUCGGAUGUGUUCCUGCCCUUCACCCAGCUAGGCGGGGCUUCGCCCCUGCAC